CCAGCAGACAACACUCUCGGGAGAUCUGCAACACAGUUUUUGCUGUAUUUUUAUUAUUUUUUUAUUUUUCAAUAAUUUCACCUUAAUUAAAUUAGCACACACUCUAACUCUAAUAAAACAGUCUAUAGUCAUUUACCACUUCCCUCAUCUGUGUGUGUUUGCAUGCAGUGGAAGUAUGUCCUUGUUAGAGAUAAAAAGAGAUUAUGAUGAACUUUGACAGUACACUAAUGAACAUGAAUGAUAACUGCAUGUGGUACCUUUGGAAUUUACUGAUAUUGGUUGAUAAAAUCUUAUCAGUGACAAUCUUGCUAAAUCUGUCUAUCAGGCAGCGUAUUACAAAUACGGUCAACAAAAAAUCACACACAACUCCUCUCCAGUACAUGUUGCUUUAUUUAACGUUUUCAGCCAUCUUGCCUUCAUCAGGGUGAAGCCCUCCCACUCUUACUUUGGUCUCAAAGUGGGAAAUCAACAUAAAAUCUAAAAAAGAACAUACAUGUUAUUUUUGACAGAACUUCUACUUUUUGUUGUUGGAAAUUAGUGCAUUUAAUCGUCAUCUACCUUAAGAGUAACACUUGAAAAAAAGUCAUUUUUACAGGUGCAUGAUGAAAUCUAUUUUGGACUUAAGCAUGGGGACACACUCUAGAAGAAUCGCACGGUAGAAAAGACAAUAGAAUGAUUGACUUAAUCCCUCUUUGUACCUCCCACUCUCCUCCACAUAUUUACAUUUCCUCCUCCCUAAUCAAAUGUCCAGCAUCAUCAGGGAAGUUGUAUAUUUAAGCCCUGUAACAUGAAGCAACUAAUAGGAUGAGAACGAUGUCGAGGGCGGUAUAUUUUUCUGGCAUGAGCCAGAUAUUGGUGCUUCACUUAACAAUUGUGUUAACUGCUGCCACUGUCAUCAAUAACGGCACCAAAGGGUCUCAUCCUCACAAGCUGCUAAUUGGCUUCCAGGCUCCCUGGAACGUGUCCUUCCCCUUCAGUGCCCUACGGCUGGGCUCCGCCAUACAGAUAGCUGUGGAGAAGGUGAACACGAAUCCCUCCUUACUGGGGAACUACAGUCUGGAUUUUGUCUUCACAGAUACAGACUGUAAUCCCAAACUUUCCCUGGGAGGGUUCAUUCACCAGGUGUGGAGAGAAAACGUGUCUGCACUCUUUGGUCCAGCAUGUCCUGAAGAAGCCGAGGUCACUGGUCUCAUUGCUUCAACAUGGAACAUCCCCAUGUUUGGUUUUGUGGGACAAUCCUCCAAAAUGGACAACAGUAAUAUCUAUGAUUCCUACAUUAAAAUUACACCCCCGCUUAAAAGAACCUCAGAGGUCCUGGUGAAGACCUUGGAGUUCUUCAGAUGGAGUCACAUAGCGAUGAUUGGUGGGGGAUUAGACUCAAACACUUGGGACAAAGUUGACGCUCUGUGGAAAACUAUUGAGAAUCCACUGAGAGCCAAAUUCAAACUGACCGCAGUCGUCAAGUUUGACACCAGCAAUCCUCAGCUUAUUUAUCGAAAUGUUAAGUACGUCUCAACAGUCGCCAGAGUGAUAGUGGUACUAUCAAACAGAGAGGACUCUAUAUCUCUGUUGCUGGAGGCUGAGAGACAGGGCCUGAUGAAUGGCGACUAUGUGUUCUUCCUGGUGCAGCAUUUUGAGGUCAGUGGCAACGUGGAUAACUUGUGGAAGUAUGCCAUGAGCAACAGGAUUAACGAAGCCACCAGAAGGGCCUUUGACAUGACCUUUGUCAUUGGCCAGAAGUCCUAUGAAGGCUACGAGUAUUAUGACUUUUUUGAGCAAGUUUUCGAAAAACUCAAAGGGCACCCAUUUCAGAGCAACUUGACAUCUGAAAGACAGGUUAGCCCUUACGCUGCAUAUCUACAUGACGCGGUGCUUCUAUAUGCAAUGGGACUGAAGGAAGUCCUGAAAGACGGCAAAGAUCCUCAUGAUGGACGGGAGCUUCUACAGAGAUUAAAGAAUAAAAACAACAUUCGAUUUCUUGGAGCCUCUGGACUAGUCCACUUUGAUGAAGAAGGGGAAAGAAAUAUGGACUAUUCCAUUUAUGACCUGCAGCAUAUAGGAGACAUUACCAAGUUUGUGCCCAUCCUCCAUUUUGACAGUCACACCAAAGUUGUCCGGCCAACAAAUAUGUUUGAUUCUGUGGUGUGGCCCAAAGGAAGACCUUCUGAUAACCCAGAAUGUGGUUUCAACAACGAACUCUGUGAAUGGCUGAUUAAUGACAUUGCCCUGCUGGCUCUGCUAGUGACGUUCCCCAUCAUCGGUGGGCUAGCAGUCUUGUGCAUCUGGGUCCUCAUUCUGCAGAAGUUACGACUCCAGACGAGACUUGAUGACUCGUGCUGGUGGCUGAUCAACUACAGCGACAUUGCCAUCAUCAGGGAGCCCUCAGGAGUUCAGGGUUUAUCUCUAAGCACCGCAGGUAGUCAGAGUGGGAGUGGAGGCUCUCAGUCCAAUUUCUCCAACAACAGUUAUGGCCUGAGGGACAAGACAGGCAAAGAACAAGUCUACAUCACCAUAGGUCUCUAUCAGGGAAAUCAAGUGGCCAUUAAGUACAUCAAGAACCAUAUUGGCAGUCAUUUCCAGAAACCUUCAAUUAUCGCAGAGUUCAAUGUGAUGAAAGAGAUGAAACAUGAGAAUUUGGUGCAGUUCUUUGGUGUAUGCAUUGAGCCACCAAAUGUCUGUUUGGUCAUCCAGUACUGCAAGAAAGGCAGCUUGAAGGACAUUCUAAGGGCUUCAGAUGUUGAGUUGGACGGGAUGUUUAAGCUCUCCUUUGCUUAUGACAUUGUCAAUGGAAUGGAGUUCAUUCACAAGAGUAGCCUGAGAUUUCAUGGGAACCUGAAGCCCAGCACAUGUCUGGUGGAUAGUCGACUCCAGAUUAAACUUUCUGGCUUUGGACUCUGGGAGUUUAAAUAUGGGAGCAAGAACAAGAUCUACCCACUGGAAAGUCCCAAUUAUGAAGAGAUGUACUGGAUGGCCCCUGAGCUUCUGAGGCAAGUCGGUCUCCUAGUCAAUGGAACGCCCAAAGGUGAUGUCUACAGCUUUUCCAUGAUCAUGUGGGAACUCAUGUACAACUCUAGAGCCGGCCCAUAUAGUGACAUCAACCUGGAGCCCAAAGAGAUUAUUAUGCAGUUGCGGACUCCUUUCCAAGGGGAACCCCUCCGUCCAGUGCUGUCUGAGCUGUGUGAUGAGAACAUCAACUCGCUGAUGAGGGCCUGCUGGAGUGAAAACCCCGACCGCCGACCACCGUUUGGGUCUAUACGGAGACAACUGAGGGAUACCAGCCCAGACAGUCAUGCAAAUAUACUGGAUAAUAUGGUGGAAAAGUUGGAGAAAUAUGCAAAUCACUUGGAGGAGGUGGUGGAGGAGAGGACCAAUCAGCUCACAGCCGAGAAGGCCCGUGCAGACAAGCUUCUCUCCAGCAUGUUACCAAGGUACAUUGCAGAUCAGCUGAUGGCAGGGAGGUCAGUGGAGCCGCGUAGCUACGAAAUGGUAACCAUCUUCUUCUCUGACAUUGUGGGCUUCACCUCCAUGUGUGCGGUCAGCUCUGCAAUGGAGGUGGUGACGUUCCUCAAUGACCUCUACAGCCUCUUUGACGACAUCAUCAAGAUGUAUGAUGUCUACAAAGUGGAAACAAUUGGUGAUGCCUACAUGGUAGCCAGUGGUCUACCUCUCAGCAAUGGAAAUAAUCACGCUUUGGAGAUAUCCACAAUGGCUCUGCAUUUCCUGGGCGCCAUCAAGGUCUUCAAAAUCCGCCAUAUGCCUACUGAGAGUCUUGCAAUUCGUAUCGGGAUACAUUCUGGUCCAGUGGUUGCUGGAGUGGUAGGCAGCACUAUGCCUCGCUACUGUCUCUUCGGUGACACAGUGAACAUGGCUUCCCGCAUGGAGAGUAACAGCUUACCCCUCAAGAUCCAUAUAUCUCAGUGCACUGCUGACAUUCUUGUCCAGGCCGGAUCAUUUGAGCUGGAAGAAAGAGGAGAAGUCGAAAUGAAGGGCAAAGGCUGUCAUAAGACCUACUGGCUACUGAGCAAACACGGGUUUAAUAAUCCUCUUGUUGCUCACAGCUCUCCACCAGCUGACAGCCUCAAACUACCAACAGAGAAAACAGGAAAGGCCAGAGCUGCGGAUAAAAAGGCCCAGAAAACCCUGAACAAAGCGCACAUGACAGAUGGCAUGAUGACUACAGUGCACAUUUAAAGAAAAAUGGAUAUUCUGACCAUAUUUUGGAUAUAUUGACAGGAAUAUCUGGAAAGGAUGUUCACAUAGGUCUCACAAAAUGCCAUGCAAAAUGAGUUUGUUUGCGGCGGACGUGAACAGGAAGACUGGAGACAAAAUAAGGACAGAAAUUAGAGAGAAAAUGGAAGACACUGACUUCAUGAGAAGAGACUAGAGCCUGGAAGCACUUUCAAGACUCUUAAUCUUAAAUUUUAACCUAAUAGUUUGAUUGAAAGCUAAUUUCAGAUAUAUUGAUAAAUGAAGGUUUGAACUGUUGUUGACUAAAUAAUUAUUUUUGGUAACACUUUAGAUUAUGGCCUGCAACGUACACCCUAUCUAUUUCCAAUUUACUAUUCUUUGUGUAUUAAUACAGUACAUACUGAUACAUACCCACAGUAUAGGUACAAGGGAACUAGAUGUGAAGGGAACAAGGGAGUAACAAUCUGGAAAUGUAAAAAUAAUUUAUAAUGCAGGUACUUUUUAACUAUACAUUAAGGGAUAUAUAUUCUAUAUAUAUUUUUGCAUCCUGCACUGUAAAUGUGGAAUAAUAAGGCUGUAAGUUGCAGGCUGUAAUCUCAAGCAUUACCUUGUUGUCUCAUGGACAGAAACCUUUACAGUAUGUUUGGUAAUUAAAUAACAAUUUGAAUGACUUCUUGCAGCUCUAAUGUUGGCUUUUGUGAUGUAAAUAUAUAUAAUAUAAUUAUCCAGCUGUGCAGAGUUGGAAACCAUGAUGUCUUGAGAGGAUCAACAGUUGUUGUCUUUGAUAAUAAUGUGAAGGUCUGGUAAGAACUUUAAGUCCCCCUCAAGUCAAAAAUGUGUUUUUGUGCUUGUUACUUCAGUUGGAUGUUUGAGCUUCACUGUGCAGAAUUAUGUAUGUGCAGAAUUUAACACUGAAAAGCUGUUUUGACAUUAAUUUCCUCAAAAUGGAAGGUUUCUCUGUGCUCACCUUAGAUUUGAGUUUAAGGCAUGUACCUACGAGGAUAAUUUGUGACAUCACAACUACUUUGGAGCCAAUCAAGGUCCGGUAUACAAUGUAUACAAGUGUGAUGUGGAAACUUGAAGCCUCCAGUGCACAUACACUGAGAAUGGACUUUACAGUGACGUAGGAAACAUCAUGUGUCCCACUAGUUUUCCAUUUUCCAAUGAAAUUUAGCAGUAGUAGUUUAUCUAUUAACACAACUGUUAUUGAUUCUCAAUUGUUCUAUGUUGUGAGUUUAUUCUUUCUUAAGAAUAUCAUAAUAGAAGAAAUAUGAAAGUAUCUUUAUCCAGUUAAUUUGUAUUCGUGUUUGUUUUGUUGCUGUGAUGUUGAGUGUCUGGUUUUAAUUUCUGGAUUUAACAAAAUGCUUUAUUUAUUUACCAACUUUGUGAAGGUUCCUGGAACAUUUUAAAAAAUGUGUGCAAAAAAUUUAAAACAAAAGGGACAAGAAUCCAUUUUUGUUUGAUCUUUAUUGGAGAAGUGAAAUAAUGUAUAUAACAUUAAUAAGAUUAUCCAUUCACAAAUGGAUCCCCAAAGCCUCAAUAAAUGUACUAAUUACAAA